UUUAGUCCUUCAAACCCAUCAUUCUAGGCCAAGGAUCUUCAAAAUGCUCAAAACACUUUCACUUCUAUUGCUAUCACUAGCUACGUAUGCCUCGGCAUCGCCAGUGAAAGUACAAGCAAACUGUACCACGCCUACCGUUCGGCGCUCAUGGCACGACAUGGCAGAAGCUGACAAGAAGGCGUAUUUGGAAGCAGAACUAUGUAUUCUCAAAGCACCCGCAAAGACAAGCAAGAUGCCUGGCGCGAAAACCAGGUGGGAUGAGUUCGCUUCUCUACAUCAACUUCACGCGUUGCAGAUCCACAGCACUGGCCAGUUUCUUCCUUACCAUCGCUACUUCCUACAUAUUCACGAGGCUCUGCUGGCCGAGUGCGGUUAUACAGGCGCACACCCCUACUGGGAUGAACCUCGUGAUGCGGGCAAAUUCCCUCAAUCACCGGUCUUCGACACGAAGCUUGGAUUUGGCGGCUCAGGAUCCGGUACUCAAUCCUGCGUGCAAGAUGGCCCAUUCAAGAACCUGACUGUCAACAUCGGGCCUGGAUUCACUACUCAACCGCGCUGCGUGAACCGCAAAAUCACAAACGCGCUUAGUAGCUUGACGAACAAGGCCGCGGUCGACAAGGCAAUAGCGCCCACGACUUACGAUGAGGCUUGGAUCACGAUCUACAAUGGACCUCAUCUUGGUGGGCACAUGGCACUUGCUAUGAUGAAUGGUGACUCCAUCACCUCCGCCGGUGACCCGCUGUUUAUGCUACACCACGGAUUCGUUGACAAGAUGUGGUGGGAUUGGCAGAUGAAAGAUCCCUCCAAGCGAUUCACUGAGAUGGGCGGACCCAAUGCUCAGGAUCCAUCGACUGGAUUUCUAGAGUUUCCUGGUGGUAUUGAGCAGGAGUCGUCCAUGUGGGGUAAGCCGACUGCUGCCAUGUUGGCUGUUACUCCAGACCCGCGUAGUGGUGACUCGGGGAAUGUUGUCACGUUGUCUCAUAUUAUGACUUCGCUUGGUAUUAUACCGGAUGCUACUGUUGGAGAUGUGAUGGAUCCUGCAGGAGGAUACCUUUGUUACACCUAUAAAUGA